AUGAAAUUAUUGUUUUCGUUAUCAAUGUUUGAUGUUCGUAAAAAGGUUCGAAAGCUCGAACUGUAUUUCGGUCGUGCAAUCGAUUAUGUUCUUCCGUUGCAAGUAUUUAACGUGGAAAGAUUUGAUUCAUUGUGUGUUUUGCGUAUGAAAUCGGUUACUGUGACCGAAGAGACGCUGGAGUAUUUACUGUCUGAUUGCCCAUUACUUGAAACAUUGAGUUUGAUUGAUUCAGAAGUUCCGAAAACUAUGAAGGUUUCAGGUUCAGGUUCAUCAUUGAAGUUGAAAUGUUUAGAGCUGGUAAGAUGUUUGGAAUUGACAAAAGUUGAAAUAUUUACUGAGAAAUUAGUGUCAUUCAAAUACUAUGGGCCUAAUUUGGAGACAGAAUUCAAGAGUGUUUCAAGCCUUAUGGAAGCAUCUUUUGGAGGAUCCUUUGUGGAGUUUGUUAGAGAAAGCUUUAUGUUGCAAAUAAAAGUGCUUAAAUUGGAUAUUACACAAAACUCACCUGAAGUGAUUUAUUGGUUAAGUCAACUUCCCAUGUUGAAUAAUCUCAAGGAUUUGGAGUUGGUGGCUUGUGGUGAUGAUAGCAUAAUACUUGGUGCUUGUGUUAUUUUAUUGAAAGCAUCACCUUCACUAUGUAGGUUCACAAUCAAGAUGCUAAAUACAGAACCUACUUUUAGAACAGAACACAAAUUUCCAAAGGAAUGUCAAUACAGUAUUAAGGAGUUGGAAUUGGUUGGAUUUUGUGGUGCAGCAUGUCAAGUUGAAUUAGUUAUGCACAUUCUUGAGAAUGCAGUUGAACUCAUGAAAAUAACUAUUGAUACAAGGUUACCAACUAAACCAAAAGUGCGGCUACUGGGCGAGGAGCAAUUCAAAACUUGGAAUUGUGAAGAAAACAGAAAGCAUGCUUUGCGACUGAAGGACAAAAUACCGCCUUCGAUUGAAUUUGUUUGUCUUUGACGAUAUAGGAUUACCUCUUGUAGAAUUGUAAAUCUCGCCGAGUUGUGAGACUUAGAACAUUAUAUAAAGCUCAACAAUAUUUAUUGAA